CCGCGUCGUUUUGGAGCGCUCCAACGACGCGGAAAGCAUCCGGCCAUGCCACGGGGCCACUUGGGGGAUCUGGAUGUCGCUGUGCUACAGGAUAUUCCACAGGUCUGGAGCAAAGGGCUCGGGCUCGACGUUUCGCUCCCUGUGUGCCCACGACGGAGCGCUUUCCUGAACGAGAUCAGGAGUUCCUUCCAAGCGCCACCAGCAGCAGCACCAGCAGCUCCGGUGGGAGGGCCUCCAGGGGGAGGGUACCAUGGUGCCCCUCCACCGCAUGGAGGCUACCCUGGGGGCCAGCCGCCCCCUGGGGCUCCGGGUGGUGAAGCGGGGGCCAACGUGGCGAGUGGCGACGCAAAGACGUUGACCUUCACGACUCAGAUGGGCAAGAAGGUCGAAAUCAGCGGAGAAAGCUACGAUGCGUGCUUGCAAUCCUGUCGUGACUCUCCAGAGCUAAAGGACGCGCAGCAAAGCGGUGCCUUCGGUGUUGCUGACGCUGCUCUGGGUGGGGAAAAGGCCAACCAGGCGCGGUGCGCGGAAUUCUGUGAAGCUGAGUUCGAGUUGUUCUGCUUCCCUGGCAAUUCCAAGGUUAUGGUCCGUGGACGCGGAGCAGUGCCCGUGUUGCAGCUGCGCGUCGGGGAUCUGGCCUGGGCCGCCAUCCCAGAUGAGGAUGGCUGGGAGCUUCGCUUCGACCCGGUGGUGGCAUUUCUUCACCAGGCGCCUGAGCUGGAAGCUGAAGUCCUACGGAUUACGCAUGAACAAGGCAAGCUAGAACUCACUGCAGGCCAUUUGGUCUUCGCACAAAAGGAGGGCGAGGCCUUUGCGCCAGUCCCAGCCCGCAGCAUUCGCGCGGGGCAUCGCUUGGCAGCACCAUGGGUAGAUGGAAGUGUAGCUACACCUCAAGUGCUGCGCAUUGAUGCAGUUAGAAGAAAAGGGCUCUUUGCACCCCUCUUAGCGUGUGGUACUCUGCUGGUGGAUGGCACUGCCGCCUCUUGCUACGCAUUACCGACACCCAUUGCCGAGUCCUCGAGUUUUCGAAGACUGGUGGAGCUGAUUGGCUGGAGGAACCUGCACCCUUUGGCGCAGCUGUGCUUCUCGCCAGUCCGGACCAUGCACUACCCCAGGUGUGCAAAAAUCCAAUGAACAGACGCUUGUGGAGAAAGUGGAUAUGGUCCCGGAGAUGAACUCAGUAUAUCACCCCUACGCCUGGGUCCUUUACGUGUUGGGGGCCAAUCUUCUCUGAGCGAAAGUUCGACCGAAAAAAAAUUCGGGCAGAGACGAGCACAUGAAACGAGAUCGAACGGC